AGAACCCUGGAGCCGGGCCGGGCGCUGGAUCUUGACUCGUGUUUUCUGCACCCUUACUGCACAGCUGCUGUGUCUAGGCCCUGAGAAUCAAGUUUACCACCAGGCUGAAAGGGAGGAGUGGUCGCUGAGGUGUGUGGUGAGCAUUCUGCGCACAAGGAGGGGAGGAAGUGACAAGUCUGGUCCAGCCAGCCCUGGCAAGGCCUCCGAGGGCAGUUUAGAGCUGGGUCUUUGGAUCUCUUUCCCGGCCUAAAGGGGUGAAGGACCCUUCUAGGGGAACAGCCAACGUGCAGAAGCCUGGAGGCCAGAGAAUGACUGAAGACACGAGGCAAGGGCGGGAGACGAGCUGGGAGGGCAGUUCUUGGAGUGCUGCCCAAGUGCUGCCUUGGGGUGCAGUGGACUCCAUCUGGUAGACGGAGGUGGCCACUUGACCAGCUUCUGCAGGAACAUUGCCCUGACUCAGCUCGCAUCCAGGAGAGGAGCUUGGGUGUGGCCAGAGGUUCCUUCUCCAGCACAGCCUUUCUCCAAGUGUGUCCGUGCAUACCAGAAUCCGCUGGGGGAGCCACUCAACCCAAGGUUCCCUGAUCCCCAGUCUAGACUGGGGAUUGCAAAUUGAUUCUGCGUUUUGAACUUGUGCUCCCCAAAUCCAAGGUACCCCUACUGUGGUCCUUGUUGAAUCUAUGAAUCUGCGUAGUUAUAACCUUGGACAUUGUUCGCUCAGUGCUGUUUGACCAGGAGGUGGGCCUCUUCCCAGAAGCCAGGCCAGGCUGGCCUCCACACUUCGUUCAGAACCUAUAAUUGAUGGCCAAGGACUGGAAUGAUGACAUCCCCAAGCGUCUCUCCUCUGUCUAUUCCCUACGUCUGCAGGGAGGGGAACCCUGAUCGCCUCUCCCACCUUAUGCAGCCCUUAGGGGUAGGCCUCUUCUGUUCAGGGCUCAGGCGUGUCUCAGAGUAUCCCAAGAUACUCCAUGCGAAGACAGGAUUUGCCUCCCGGUGCCCUGGGUACAUUCCUCAAGACACCCUCCUCCCACACGACACAUGUGUGCACCUCAUUCCUCCCUAUCCUGCUGAAAGGAGGGAGUGAGAGGUGGUUGAGACCCUGGACUCCCAUCCUCAGAACAGUCUGGCCGUGCACCUGUCAGGCAGUGGGCUCAGAGCUUUAUGUACAUUUCAUCUGCGAGCCCUGGCCUGCUUCGUUAUACCACCACCCUUCCCCCGGCCCUCCCUCCUGCUGCAGCCAUGGUCUGGAGGAAACUGGGCUCCGGCAACUUCUCCAGCUGUCCCAACGGCAGCCUGUGGAUAUGGGACGUGUUCGGCGAAUGUGCCCAGGACGCCUGGGAUGAGGCCAGCGUGGGCCUGGGCUUGAUCUCAAUUGUCUGCUUUGCUGCAUCCACCUUGCCCCAGUACAUCAAGGCCUGCAAGGUGGGCAACAUGGACCAGGCCCUGUCCCUGUGGUUCCUCCUGGGCUGGAUCGGCGGAGACUCCUGCAAUCUCAUCGGCUCCUUCCUUGCUGACCAGCUGCCCCUGCAGACCUACACGGCGGUGUACUACGUCCUGGCCGACCUGCUGAUGCUGUCGCUGUACUUCCAUUACAAGUUCAAGAAACGCCCCUCCCUCUUGUCUACCCCCAUCAAUUCCGUGCUCCUGUUCCUCUUGGGGGUGGUGUGUACCACCCCACUGCUGAGCGGUGCUGGUGCUGGCUCUGUGGCCGCCCCGAGAGAGGUCUUUCGGGGGCGGACCCUCCUGUCUGUGGAGCCGGGCAAUAAGCCCUUCACUCGGCAGGAGAUCAUCGGCUUCGUCAUUGGCUCCAUCUCUAGCGUGCUGUACCUGCUGUCCCGGCUGCCCCAGAUCCGCACCAAUUUCCUGCGGAAGUCGACCCAGGGCAUCUCCUACUCACUGUUUGCGCUGGUGAUGCUGGGGAACACGCUGUAUGGGCUGAGUGUGCUGCUCAAGAAUCCCGAGGAGGGCCAGAGUGAGGGCAGCUACCUGCUGCACCACCUGCCCUGGCUCGUGGGCAGCCUGGGCGUGCUGCUGCUUGACACUAUCAUCUCUAUACAGUUCCUGGUGUACAGGAACGCCGCCAACACCGCCACCUCCUCAGAGCGCCAGCCCCUGCUCCCCAGCUGACCAGGCCCCAGGCGGAGCCCAGAAUGACAGCGACCUCCAGAGGCUGCACCCAGGAAGAGAGAAGUGUGGGCAGUGAAGGUGCUGCUGGCGCUGGCCUGGGCCAUGCAGGGAGCCGGGGCCAGCCUAGAACUCCAGGCCUAGCCGCCUCUCCCAGCCCCCAAAAAUCCCCAUGGACUGACUGCUACGGGCAAGUCAGCCCCCCAGGCCAGUACACCCGCUCUGGGGCCGACUCCGGGGUCCGGGGCACUGUCCCAGGGAGCUCAGGGAAGGGCGGCAGCUGGGACCCCAGUCUCUCGACAGCAUGGCUGCCCCCCCGGCUCACCUACCUCAUUCUGCUCUCCUGGGGAGGGGCGCAGUGGCCGCCCACACCCAGGGCUGCCUGUGGCCUCCAGACACCCUAGUAAAUGGUAUCUCCCUCGAGGCAUGUUGUUGCUCCUUCCCCAGCACGCUGGGCAUCUGGGCUGCUCUGGGCACAGUGGUAGUUGGGAAUCUGCGCCCCAGCUCCCAGGUGGGGCCCUACAGGGUCAGGAUGUGGAGAGAAGAGCAGUUGGAGGCCGAGUCUGCUGGCCAACCCCGGCCCAGCCUCCCGGGGCCUCAGGUGGCUUCACCCCGCUUCUCUGUGGCAUGCCCCACACCUGGUGCCAGUGGGAAUGAUACUCUGACAGGGUCCUGCCCUGCAGCACUCCAGGGAAGCAGGACAAUUAAGGCUCAGGUCUGGGUUCCAUGGCUUGGCUUCUCUGGGGCUCGGGUACCUCAGCUGUGAAGUGGGUACCACUUUAUAUGCCCUUGUAAAAUGGUGUGAUCACAGAGUUUAGCCCCAAAGUCUGGAAUGACUUUUUAAAAAUAAAGGUCAUUUUUUGUUGGAGGCGACGGACAUGCAGCUCUCCCUGGAGAUCCAGGAGACCUUUCUAGAGGAGGUGACAGGGCAUAAAGGUGAGCAGGAAAAAACCAGGUGGGGAAUGUUUCAGACAAGAGGAAGAGGAGGGCAGAGCUCUGCCCUAGCUCUGGUUCCUGGGCCCCAGUCUUGGCUAGUCCCCCAGCCCCCAUUCCAUGUCCAUUUCCUAUUGCCCCACCCCCAUGGGUGCCCUAGGACAGGCCAGCUCCCCUUGGUGUUGCCCUCAUCUCACCCCCACAUACCCCACCAAGUCUCCCAGGACCCAGAGCCAUCUGGGUGGGCUGGCAGGGGAGAUAAGCAGCACUUUUGUCUUUCUUCUAGAAUCUUCCUUUUCUGGCUCCAGAGAAAGGAUCCUGGCAGCAGGGCCAUAGCCUUCACCGAGAGGGGGUGCCACAGCCCAGUUAGGUGACAUGAAUGUUUGCGGAGCACAGCAGAGCUGGGAUGGUGAAGCAGCUCUGCUCCCUGCCCUCAUGGUGGGGAAACAGUGGCCAGGCCCUGGUGUAAGAGCUGGGCUGGAUGGUACAAAGUUCCAUAGAAACGAGACCAGCCCUGGGAAGCUCAGCUGGGGAGGGCUACACGGAAGAGGGGCCUGGAGCUGACUCUGAAGGCAGAAGGGAAAGAUGUGAGGACAGGGGCUGACUGGGUUUGGUUGGGAGAAGUGGAGGCAGGAAUUGGGAUCUGGAGCAACCCAGUGGGGUCACCUUGAGGCUCAGGAGGGCAGUGAGGGAAGGCACAGCCAGUCUCCCCCAGCCCUGUCCUGGGCUGCCUGCAUAGCUCAGGUGUCCCCUGCAAGCAGCUGAAGCACCUGAGCUGGGCUCUCCAGCCCUCACAGCCCCCUAAGGUAGGAUGGCCAUUUACAGGUGGGCAAGCAGGCUUCCAGGAAUUAACCCACUCGGGGUGGCACAACUAGGAGCGGGAGCUGUUUGAACCACCCGAGGCGCAUCCCAGACCUGGCAGGGCCCUCACAGUCCCCUCCCCUCCUGGCUAGGGGUCCAGGGUUGCAGCCUCACCCUUGCCCUCAGGGGCCACCCACUGUCCAAGCCUCUGGUUUUGUCCCAGCAAAAGGUGCCCCAGGCCCCAGCUGGCUCUGGUCCUGGCCUGGUUCAGGUGCGCUUUGCCAGCCAGGUAUCUGCCACCCAGGGUCCAGUGUGGAGGUGGGGCUCCAUGCCAAUUACCUGAGGCCAGGUGGUACCCUCCUUGCCUGCUAGGCUGGUAUGGCUGGUAUGGUCCCAAACGUGGACCUAAACCUCAGCUGGGUGGCAGAGAGUUGAUGUCUCUUAGUCCCUGCCCAGGGAAGCCCCCAUCUAACAGGAGUGACUUACUCUCUUCCUCCUGGGAACCACCCAGGGUGAUGGGUAAUAGCUGCUGCUUUCAGGCACUGCCCAGUCGGCUCUGCCGUGGCUCCUCCCUUAGGAAGCCCCAAGCUGAUGGGGGAGGAGGCUGCUGCCCCCAGGGAGCACCCUGAUGGAGGUGGUUAUGGCGGUUAAAUGGGAUGGGCCUGGAGACUUGCACCAGCACCAGACGUGGUCAUAAGUAAUGGCAACGUUCCACUUUGACGGCGCUACCCAGAGCCUCCCCAGGUUCCUCCCGAGCGGGGAGGGCUGGGCGGGCUGGCGGGUUCUGAUGGCCCUGGGUGGAGUCCCUGAGAUGGCAGGGCCCUGGGUGCAUUUCCUUUCUCCGCAGGAUCAUGUUGCCUGCUCUUUGCCUCAGGCAAGGGGUGGUGGGGUCCUCCUCUAUAGGAGUGGCCCAAAGGGACAAGGGAUCCCCUGGAUCCUUCCUGGCCUGAUGUGAGCAUAGCAGAGCUCUGCAUUUUGGCUUCAGACCCAGACUCAGCAGAGGAAAGCGGUGCCACGCUGACUCUAUGCAGGAGGGCUCCCACCUCAGGAAGCUGGUGGGGGGCUGAAGCCAGCUCUGGUGCCCUUUACACUAGCCACCCCAAGUUGUCUACUGUAGUGGGUGCCGUUUUAACUAUUGAAAGAGACGCUAUGUACGAAAAUGCCUGGCUGGCAGGCGGUGGUCUUCGCCAAGGCCUAGUCCCCAGCGCUCAGCCCCAGGCCCUCCCAGCCCGGGGUUCUUGGUUAGUGAACCCGGAGGUUUUUGAAACCACUGCUCAGGCACUGCGGCCUUAGUCCCUGAAGCAGAGAGAAGGGACAGGUCUACCACUCACUGCUCUUUCCAACCCUUCUCCCCUGCACUUGGCUUUCAUGGCGGCUUAAAGGUGGGGCCCUCAGAGGUCCCUGGGUACCAGCCCGGUGCCUGGCCCUGACCAUCUCCAGUGUCCUAGCAAUGACCUGAUCAGGUUAGUAUUAGUGUUGGGGUGUGUG